AUGUUAUCUGAAUACGAACUCAUGAGUGAUAUUGAUUGGACAUCAACAUUUAGUACUGUUAGUGCCACAUACGAUAUUUUUUACCAAACGCCAUCACAGGAUGUUCUAAAUAAACCAAUAGUACGUCAACAAAUAUUGGUUCAAUACGAUACUAUAGAAUUAGAAAAUGUGUUAGAAAGAUACAGUAUAACGUAUACUAAUGACAUUAUUACCUUUAAAUGUGCACCUGUGCCAAUUUCUGAUCAGCAUGAAACAUAUAUUGGGGUAGGUCAUUUAAUAAUCUAUACGCUCCAAAGGCUUGAAGAGCAUUUAACAUUUAUACUUAAAAACUCCAAUAAAACCAUAUCUCAAUUAAACAAGGACCAAAUCGAUCAAAAUGUGUUGAGUCCAUUUAAAAAGUUAUGUGAUUAUGUUCCGGAAAUUCUUCUGUAUUUGUUCGAACAUGACCCAAAUUCCUCGAUUCAUAAAACUUUAUUUAGUUUGUAUUUGUCACUUUGCGGAAAUAAUAUGGACUUUAUCGAUUUCCGUUGUCCCGCUAAAUACGAAGGUGAGUUGGAGAACAAACCGUCAUAUCAAUAUAAAUGUAUUACGGAUGCAAUAAGAGAUAAAUUGCUGUGGAAUUUUUAUAGUCGAACUGGAACAAUUUUAAAAGAAGAUGAAUAUACGACAAAUUCAAAUAUAAAUACUGAUUGUUCAGAGUUAAAUUACAAAUAUAUUAAGGAAAUUUCUACUACCCUUACUGAUUUCUACAAUAAAAAAGAUACCGAAAUCAUAAUAUGGACCAC